AUGCCUGCCCUCCUCUUCGACCCUGCCUUUCUUGAGCCGAUCAGCCCGGCCACCUCUCCGGAGUGCCGCAAGCAGAUCGUGGCCCACAUCAGGGACAUGUACCAUGUCUGCACCGUCCUUCAGCGACGCGCCGCCCAACACUUGCUGGCUCUGGACAACAUGUCCGACGAUAGCGACGACGACGACGACGACGACGACAGCGCCGAAUCCGAGGUCGAUGAGCUCGUGGACGACUCGACCGCUGCUGCCUUGGCCGACAUUUUGUCUAGCUCUGGCUCUGGCUCUAUGUUUAUUCAAGACUGGGCUUCCUUGGUUCUCCGACCCGUCCCUGAGAAUCGCUACUCUGCCUUUGUUCGUCUUCUACGGGGCUAUUACCCUGCAGACGAUGUCGCUCAAGCGAGCACGGUGCUCAUCGAGCUCCCCGAAAACCACGUCGUUGACACCUGCUGCCGCCAGACGCUCGCCAUCGUCCCUAUGGAGAACCUCUUUGAGCGUCUCCAAGCUCACGAGAUCAUCAUGGACACUCGCCUUCCCACCGACGCCCUCUACAUUCACAAGUCCAUGCUCGCUCUCGUCAAGCUCGUCAACGCCAUCCUCUUCGCUUCCUGCGGCGUUUGA